GUUUGUUUCCAUGUAUAACUUUCUCGGACUUUCUAGGACGUGUUUUCACUUUUAUGCCACUUAUUUUCCUGUCUCAUUUUGUCCACCAAACUUUUAACGUUGUGCGUGAAUACACAAAGUGAGGUGGAAAACCUGUGGUAUACCUAAUCUGAGGAGCCAAUCCCCUUUGCUGACGAUGCAGCUGAUACCUCCAGGAUACACAUUCCGCAUGAACUCCCAAAGCAGAGGGCUGAAGGGAGGUUUGGCUUCUACCAGCUGCUUCACACUGGAGAUGCAAAUACAAAUGGGCUUCUCUGCUGGUCUGUCCUAAAAGCCUGCGGAUUCUUGCAAGAUGCGGCCAAAGCGUACACUGUGUCUGUGGGAAUACCGCAUACUCCGCCCUUUUCCAGAAUGGCGGCGAUUUUUAGAAGCCCAGAGUCAUUGUUCCAUCGUCAUGACUAUAUAAGGCUGAUCCCCGCUCCACUUGAGCAGCAUCAGCAUCCUUCUUAAUUUGUUGACGACAAAGCAACAGCGUCAAGAACUGAAGACACUUGGACCAGAUAGAAGCCAUGAGCUCCGUUCUACAGAAAGCUGCCAGACCAAUGUGGAUUAUCCGAGGACUGCACAAGUCCACAGUGGAAGUCUUGAAGCACCCGGCUCCUGAGGACACAGUCACGGCCAGUUUUGGAAAGUUCAUCAGUGAAGUGAAGCCUCAGCACUUGUCCUCCGUGGUCCUCUCCCGCAGUAAGAGGAUGGUGCUGGACAGUAUUGGAGUCGGUCUCCUGGGCAGCACAACAGAAGUGUUUCAACUGGCACUGCAUCACUGCCAGCUCGUGUACGCCAAUCAUGACGUCAGCUCCGUCUACGGUCGCAGAGGCACCAAGCUCUCGCCGACACUGGCGGCUUUUGUCAACGGAGUGGCGACUCACUCCAUGGACUUUGAUGAUACAUGGCACCCUGCCACUCAUCCUUCAGGAGCGGUGCUUCCCGCUGUGCUGGCUCUCAGCGAAAUGAUGCCCGCCAACAGCAAACCCAGUGGCCUGGACUUCCUGCUGGCUUUCAAUGUCGGCGUUGAGAUCCAGGGCCGUCUGAUGAGGUUCUCUAAUGAGGCCCAUAACAUCCCCAAGAGAUUUCACCCUCCCAGUGUGGUGGGCACCAUGGGAAGUGCAGCAGCCUGUGCUUGCCUCUUGUUGCUGAAUCCAUCCCAGUGCAGCCACGCCUUAGCCAUCGCUGCUUCUCUAUCAGGGGCCCCGAUGGCCAACGCUGCCACGCAGUCCAAACCCAUCCACAUCGGCAAUGCCUCCCGUUUGGGGAUGGAGGCUGCUCUGCUGGCCUCUCAGGGGCUUGAGGCGAGUCAGCUAGUCCUGGAUGCUGUCGAAGGGGUCGCCGGUUUCAACGCUUUCUACAAAGACUACGCGCCGCAGCAUCUGGAGUCACCGAGUGACAAUGGCGGCCACGAGUUCUUGCUAGAAGAGCAGGAUAUGGCUUUCAAGCGCUUCCCCGCACAUCUGGGAAUGCACUGGGUGGCGGAUGCUGCGGCCUCGGUUCACAAGCAUCUUGUGGGUUUAGGUCCGGGCACUGUGUCUCCGAGUCAGAUUCAGGACAUCCUGCUGCGGGUACCCCUGUCGAAAUACAUCGACAGGCCUUUUCCAGAGUCGGACCACCAGGCCCGCCAUUCUUUCCAGUUCAACGCUUGUAGCGCCCUCCUGGACGGUGAGGUGGCCGUGGAGUCCUUCACCCCUACCGCCAUGACGCGUCCUGAGCUCCUCCAGCUGCUUGGUCGUGUCCGCGUGGAGCACCCCCACGACAACCCAGCUAAUUUCAACCAGAUGUAUGGCGAGGUCCAGGUGGCGCUUGUCGGGGGGGACAUCCUGAAGGGGCGCUGCGACAGCUUUUACGGUCACUGGCGCAAACCGCUGACCCAAGAGAGCCUGAGAAAGAAGUUCAGGAACAACGCCGGGGCCGUGCUUCCCUCGGAUAGAGUUGAAAGGCUGAUUGAGAUAGUGGACGAGUUGGACACGAACAGAGACUGCUCCCCUCUUCUCUCGCAACUGCAGUGACAAUACAAAGUUACAAAUAAAGUAAUACAUCACAACAUACAGCAGGCAAAAUGACUUAGGGAGGAGAAGUGAGAAUGUUCCAAUAUCAACGCUGCAAGAAAAUCUUGAAAUACUUUAUAUUUCCACAACAGUGGUCACGUCCGGAACCAAUUAAUUGCGAUAAACGAGGGAUUACCGUAUUAAGGUGUGAUGCAAGCUUAUUUAGUGACAAUGAUGUGACCACUAAUAUGUCACUGGCGUCAAAGCUGAGAUAAAAAGAGCAGUUUCAAAUUUGAAUAAUGAACAAUGUGCACAGUAAAGUGUCGUCGUCGACUAUUUGAGGUUAUUUGUAGUUACUUUUGAGAGACAGUAGUUUAAAUACAUUUUUACAAAUAUCUAUAUUUUGGACAAGUUUUAAAACAAAAAGAACCCAGACAUAUUGACUACAACACCAGCUAUGAUGAAACGGUGAUCAUUUAGGCUUAUGAUUUUUUUUUUGAAGUGUUACUGGACGUUACUCCGCUGGUUUAUUAUCAGUAAAGUUAUGGUAGAAAGAUAUUGCUGUGUAUAUUUAGUUACAUUAGAGCAGGGGUCGGCAACCCAAAAUGUUGAAAGAGCCAUAUUGGACCAAAAAUACAAAAACAAAUCUGUCUGGAGCCGCAAAAAAUUAAAAGCCAUAUUACAUGUGUCAUGAGAUAUAAAUGUAAUUAAGAGGACUUAAAGGAAACUAAAUGACCUCAAAUAUAGCUACAAAUGAGGCAUAUGCAAUAUGUACAUAUAGCUAGCCUAAAUAGCAUGUUAGCAUCGAUUAGCUUGCAGUCACGCAGUGACCAAAUAUGUCUGAUUAGCACUCCACACAAGUCAAUAACAUCAACAAAACUCACCUUUGUGCACUCAUGCCCAACGUUAAAAGUGUGGUGGACAAAAUUAGAUAGAAAAAGUGGCAUAAAACACGUCCUAGAAAGUCGGAGAAAGUUAUACAUGGAAACAAACUAUACGGCGAGUUCAAGGACCGCCAAAAUUAGUAGGACAAAACGGCGCUCGCCAAAUACUCGAAUCAGUGAAGCAUGUUUAAUAUAAACAGUGUGAUUUAUAACAAUUAGCGAGGUUUAUGUCAUGUUUGUCCUCCCACAGAAAACAUUCUGAAACAAAAAAAUUGAUUUUUUUCCCCCUCAUCUUUUUCCAUUCUUCAUACAUUUUUGAAAAAUCUCCAGAGAGCCACUAGGGCGGCGCUAAAGAGCCGCAUGCGGCUCUAGAGCCGCGGGUUGCCGACCCCCGCAUUAGAGGAAACCAAAAAGGCUUGGAUAA